AUGGCCAAAGACAAAGAGCGCUCAGUGAACCCAGCCGCCGCGCAACGGAAACAAGACAAACAAAAAAGCCUAAAAAAGGGCAAAGCAGAAGCAUUAGCACGACGAAACGAAAAGCUCGCGCGUCGCAAUCCAGACCGAAUCCAACGACAGAUCAAUGAACUCAAAGAAGCCGAAGAAUCAGGACAGAAACUACGACCGCGCGACAAAGAGAUCCUCGAGGCUCUGGAGAAAGAUCUACGAGGCGUCUUAAAAGCGCGCGAAGCCCUCGGCGACAAAGCACCCCGAUUCCAUGAUCACAACCGCGACGGACAGGGGGGUGGACGAGGAGGGAGAGAGGGGGUGUUGGGCAAGCGGAGGCGCGGGUCUGACGAGACGCGCAUGCCGGCCGAUGAUGAGAGCAGCGAUACUGACGAGGAUGUGAGGAGGAUACCUAUGCCAAAGGAUACACCACCGCCUAUUCCACGUCCGCAGCGGAAACGGGGCGGAGAGCAUGCGCGGGGAGACGCUGGUGAGCGGCGUGGUCCUCAUGCGUUACCAGAUAGACCGACACCCGUCGCAGCGCCCCGGACGGUUUAUGAGGCUAAGCCUGAGAUCCGGGAUUUGCGGCAGGAGGCAACGAAUAAGUUUAUUCCUGCCGCUGUUCGAAUGAAACAGCAGUCCAUUAAGGGCCAGGGCAAGUUGUUGGAGCCUGAGGAAAUGGACCGGCUGGAGAAGGCUGGGUACAAUGCUUCCACAGGGCCUGUGCCUGUACCUGAAGUUUCGGAGCAAGAUGUGGCGAUGUCGUUGGAGGAGGAGGAACAGCGAUUCAACCGCGAACUCAAAACGGUGCAGAUGGAGGAAGUUGAGGAUGAGGAAUCUUGGGCUUAA